CUGAGCGAGGUUAGAAUGGCUCUUCAGCACCUUAAAAACGGCAAGGCCCCAGGCGAGGAUGGAAUUACAGCGGAGCUUCUGAAAGUGGAUAGAAGACCGGUACUUGAAGUCCUUCAAAAGCUCUUUAUUUCCGUCCUCCAUGGUGGCAUUACACCGGAGGCGUGGAGCAGAAGUGCGGUGGUCUUGUUCUCCAAGAAAGGUGACAACGCUCUCUUGAAGAACUACAGACCGAUUUCCCUUCUGAGCCACUUCUACGUGCUGUUUUCGAGAGUCCUUAGGAAUCGUCUCGCGCGCAGACUUGACGACUUCCAGCCUCCCGAACAAGCCGGUUUCCAAAAAGGCUUUAGCACCAUAGACCACAUACAUACCCUCCGGCAAAUUGUACAGAAGUCCGAGGAGUACAAUUUGCCACUAUGUCUGGCGUAUGUGGACUAUGAGAAAGCCUUUGAUUCCGUCGAAAUUUGGGCGGUGCUGCAGUCCCUUCAGCGAUGCCAAGUUGACUGUCGGUACUUAUAUCGAAGUUUUGAAGUGCUUAGAGGUGUAAGACAGGGUGACGUCAUAUCCCUGAAACUCUUUACCGCUGCAUUGGAAGAUGUUUUCAAGCUUCUGAACUGGAAAGGAUACGGUAUCAACAUCAAUGGCGAGUACAUCACUCACCUUCGAUUUGCCGACGAUAUAGUCCUUAUAGCAGAAUCGCCUUAA